GCCGUGAAGUUGGCUGCUAUAAGAUUUCUUGAUCGAAUAGCUGGGUGUUGACACAUCCAGGUGGUUAGAUAAUCCACGCGGUCGUGAAAGAAUAAAUUGAGGCAAAUUUUUAAGUCGAUCGUUUUUUCUACGUUAAAAGAAUGUGUUUGGAAAGCCAUGCUACGAGGUUAUCUCUAUCUUCCUCUCUUUCCCUGCGUAUUUCUUGAAAGGAACGCUAUAUUUUAUUCAAAAGAAAAUAAGCUUUUGAAGAAACAAAUGGCUGACGGCCGAAGGUAACGAUUUUUUUAUAAAAUAACUGGAAUAUUAAGAAUUAAACUAAGAAGAAAUCAAAUUCCUGAAGAAAAAAAUUUCCAAACAAACGAACGAACGAGGACCGAAGUGAAAGUUUCUUUUGAAAAUAAGGGAUUCUAGGGGUUUGGAAUGCUAAAAACUAUAGGCAAUCUUUCCAAGGAAUAAAAUGUAUUGAAAAAUAACAAUAGGAUUGAAAAAUAAACCCUACGAAUAGCUCAGGAAUGAUUCAGAGAAUUUCCAUUAUUUCGAAACAUAUGUUUCAAAAUGCGCUUGAAAGGAAGGGCCGAAUAAUGGUUCUCAAAUGGUAUAUAGAAAAUUGUUGUCUCAGUAAGCUAUUCAAAACUAUCUGCCGUCAUGGUUAAAAAAUUUUCUUAAAAAUACAAUAUUCUUUUUCACAAUUCUACGGAAAGAAUUCUACCUCCAUAGUAGUAUUUCUUUACCCGUAGACGGAAGUAGGAGAUUCAUUUCGUUUGUAGCAGAGUUCGAGUAAGUUCUAUCAACGGAAUCACACACAAUUUGUGAAGACUUACUUACUUUUCUUAUUCCAAAGAAGAUUAGAACAUCGUCGAUGGAAUAUAUCGAACAUUAAUUUCCAUUAAACAUUCAAAAGGAAAUAAGAACAUCGGAAUAUUAUCGUAUAAAGAUCCACAUUCGACGGUAUGAUAGAAAAAGUGUUCGAAUUGAAUACAUUUUCCAGUGAAACGGAAGAAGAGAUUUGUAACGACGAAUAAAAUCACGAACGGUUAACCAUGUUUUAUUAAGAUGUGUAAUUGACGGUACGUUAUUAAAAGUAAAUUAAAUAUAUACUUUCUAAAUUAGAAGAAUCAAAAUAUUUGUUUAUCUCUUCGAAGGCAUAAAGUGAUAACGUGGAAUAGUGUGGUGUUGGGGGGGUGGGGAUAGUAGUAAAUGAUUUGGUGAGUAAUAUAGUGCAAGUAUUCAAAGAGUGAACAUGUGGAAAUAUUAGAACAUUCGAACCGUGUUUUGGCGCCUAUGCGCGUGUGAUUUCUCGCGAUUCGUUUUAAGUAACGUGAAGCUGGACACGUAUCUUAAUUCGACUUUCGAUAUACAACCUAAAAAUCGCAGAAUUUGACGCCAUUGGGUCGUCCACCACGCGCGACUAAGCUAACGACGUGAAGUCAGCUGCAUUGCUUUAGUGCCCGAGUUGUGUGUACAUAUAAAUGGCGGCUGACGAAAAAUGGUAUUUUACGAAAGAACAGCUAACAAACACGCCGAGCAGAAGAUGCGGCAUCGAUGCAGAUAAAGAACUAAGUUACAGGCAGCAGGCCGCCAAUUUCAUCCAGGACAUGGGCCAGCGACUCGUUGUCACACAACUAUGCAUCAACACUGCAAUAGUUUAUAUGCACAGGUUUUACGUAUUCCAUUCGCUAUCACAGUUUCACAGAAAUUCCAUUGCUGCAGCAGCCCUGUUUUUAGCAGCGAAAGUUGAAGAACAACCACGCAAACUAGAACAUGUCAUCAAAAUGGCAUACAUGUGCUUACACCGAGAACAGCCACCUGAUAGAUCUGAGCAAUACCUUGAACAAGCUCAAGAUUUGGUAUUCAAUGAAAAUGUCCUGUUACAAACAUUAGGGUUUGAUGUUGCUAUUGAUCAUCCUCACACACAUGUUGUUCGAUGUUGUCAACUUGUCAAGGCAAGCAAAGAUCUAGCUCAGACGUCCUAUUUUAUGGCAUCUAACAGCUUACAUUUAACAACCAUGUGUCUGCAAUACAAACCUACAGUAGUCGCCUGUUUCUGCAUUCAUUUAGCAUGCAAAUGGUCCAAUUGGGAGAUACCUCAAAGUAAUGAAGGGAGGCAUUGGUUCUGGUACGUUGAUAAAACUGUUACUUCAGAUCUGCUCCAACAACUUACUGCAGAAUUUCUACAUAUAUUUGAUAAAUGUCCAUCAAGAUUGAAAAGAAAAAUUAUGAGCAUUUCCGCUAAUCAAAGCCCGAGUAUAAAUCAUCAAAAUGUAUCUAAUAAUUCAUUAUUUGAUGCCGAACCACGAAAAGUUCAAUCUCCAGCAUCUGCGGCUGAAGGAGGACCAACAUUUCAUUCUAAUCGGCCGCAUCAUUCCGAAAGACAAGAGGAAAGGAGACAACUUCCUUCAACAAAUGCCAGACCACCUGUUGAUUACCGUGAAUAUAAAGAGAAAAAAGAACGUGAACGUUUAGAGAGAGAAAAGGCACCAACUCCAUCUACGAGUAGUCAAAGUCAUGCAGUUGACAUUAAUAAGCAUCAUUCUUCACACCAUCAUAAACCUGUGCCUGGAACCAGCAUGCCUAAUAAGCAUUCCGUGCCACCAGGGCAAAAAUCUACAUUGCAUCAUAAUCAUCAUCAUAGACAAGAGAUAAAAGUUAAUCAACCAGUACAGCAAAGACAUUCUACCGGCAACCAACCACGAGAAUCUAAUCGCGAUCCUAGUAGACAGAGGAUAGCAAGGGAAUACAAUUCUAGCAGUAGUUCAAAUACUAAUAGUUCAGUGCACUCUCACGGUCAUAUUCUACAUCAAACAAAAGAUGUAAAUGUAGACAAUGCUUUACCAGAUAAUACAUCACACAGAUCUGACAUUGCUACAUUACAAGACAAUCUCAGUAAUAAUAAUCACAAUUUACAGAGGUUAAGUACAAUCGAUGGAAAACAUCAACCACACGACAAAAGGGUCUAUGAUCCGAGGCAUAAACCUGUAGAUCAUAAAAAAGACGGAGAACAGAAAGUUUAUAAUAAAUAUCCUGACUCGUCAAGAGAUAGACAACGGAAAUCUGAUUCUUUGGAACAGAGAUCCGAAGAAGUAAGAAAACUUAUAGAAAAACCCUUACUGUAUCCAAAACCAGCAUUGGAUGUACAACAUGCUGUCAAUAUACAAAAAUCCUCUUAUCAUGGUAAAUAUAGUCAACCGGAUAAACCACAGGGAAGCACCAGUGCAUUCAUAAGUGAUAUGAAGUCAACUGCUAUGCCUCAAAAUACAUUCACUCAAGAAAAAUCUCCAAAUACCCUUGCAUCUUCUUUAUCACAAAUUCCUCAGAAAAGCAUAUCUUCUAAGUCUAUGAUAAGUCAACAUUCUGCUUACAGUGUUUCGCAAACAUUAAAAGAUUCCAUCAAGAAUGGAAACUCUCAAUCCUCGUGUUUAACGCCUUUGAAUAACAUAGAUGACCCAAAAGCUGAAAAACGACCGCGACAUGACGAAAUGAUCGAUCAACAACAAAAUUUAUUGCCAACACCAGUGACCAAGCACAAAUCGUUGUUUAGCCCGGAAAAAGUGCAAACCAGUCGAGAGUCUCACUCUCAGAGGCCUAAAUCGAAACAAAAAACGCCACCUUCGGCCGUUAAAGUUCCUAAACAAGACCGUGCACCAGAGACAUUAACCGGUCUUAAUUUGGCGACAUCAUUCACGAGUCCACCAAAUUUACAUCAAACUGAUUUGAUGACGAUGAAGCGUUCAGGUAGCGAUUUGUCAGGGAUGUCUCAUAAAAGACAUCGAAAUAUAAGUUCUAGUGAGAAUGAAUCCCAAGCGAAAGGGAAAAUAGAGGAAACAUCAAAUUUAGAGGUCAUAAAGAUGCAUAGUAGAGUACCAGAGAUUGUCCAGCCAAUUAGAGAUAAUUCUUCAUCGAAUGGUAGAAGUACUUCGGUAUCUAGUGAAUUACAACCACCGGAAUUAAUUAAACCAUUUGAACCAGAAUCUGUGAUUUCUCGUUUUGGUACUAUAGCUACUAUGGCUACAAAUGGGUUAGAUGCAGGUAUUGAGACUCAGCAAGUGCAAAUGGAAUAUUUGUCACCAAUGAAAUCAGCUCAAAGUAUAAGUGCUCUAUUGCAAGAACCUUUAGCUCCAUUGCCAUCUUUACUGCAGGGUAUGCAGCAAUUUAGUCAAAUAACAUCACAACAGGCACAUCAAGAGCAAGUUCUUCAGCAAGAGCAGCAACAACAGUCUCAACAGUCAUCACAACAACAAUCACAGAUGCAAUUACAAAUACAAGCACAGACAAUUCAGCAUCAACAUCAACAGUCGCAUCAACAACAACAGCCCAUAACAUCUCAUUCAUUGUUACUUCCUAAUAGUCAAUUAGCAGUACAAACACAGUGUAUGACACUGCCUUCGUCAAUGACUGAAACGUCAGUAGUUUCAACGGUUGACAUCAGUGUUCUAUCUGCUCCGGUGCAGAGUAAUACAGAUGGAAUAGUUCAAACUGUACCAACAACGACGGUACAGCCAGUAGUGGCAGCAGUGACUGAAGAGAAGAGAACAGAACAUCAUAAAAGUGAAAAGAAAAAGAAAAAGGAAAAGCACAAACACAAGGAUAAAGAGAAGAGCAAAGAAAAGCAUAAACAUAAACACAAGGAUAAGGACAAGGAGAAACAUCGUGAAAAAGACAAGGAGAAAAAUGAGGAGACAUUAUCAGCCGCACCUAUCAAAAUAACAAUACCCAAAGAGAAGUUAAAUCUCAGUGGUGAAACUGCUGUUACAAGUGGUGGUACUGUUGUUAUACCGGAGAAAAACAAAUCACCUCAAGGUACAGGCUUGAAAUUAAAAAUUUUGAAAGAUCGACUGAAGAGUGCUGAAAGUAUACCAGGUACACAAGCUCAACCAGUGCCACAAGCACCGUUAAAAAUGAAAAUACGAACGGACGCAAUCUGGAGAAGUUCGACGGGUAGUGCACCAGUAACGACGACAAGCGCCUCGACAAUUGGUAGUGUGCCGGACUAUUCUGGUGAAAGUCGGAAAAGAGAAAGGACCGAUGCCAAUGAGAGCGCAUCAAACGUGCUUCAAUCAGCAAAAAAACAACAGCACUAUCAUCACUACCACCACCAUCAACAACAGCAACAACAACAACAGCAACAACAACAACAACAGUCACAGCAGGUUUCAUCAAUGGUUGCCGGUGGUCACGGUCAAUACCGUUCCGGAGAAAGGCAGAAUGGCAGGCACUAUAGUUCAGGCAGCAAUAACAAGGAAAGGCAUACGUCCAGUCAUCACAAGAGUACCAGCAAAAUCUCACAAAAUCAGCAAUCCCACGCUACGUAGUAUCGAGAAAUCCGGAUAAAACGGCAUCAAUAAGCCGACAUAUAUAAUUGUUUAGAAUAUAAAUAUUUAUAUAUAGUAAAUAUAUAUAGAUAUAUAUAUUCUAUUACAAUAUAUAUAUAUAUAUAUACAUGUAUAUGUAUAUGUAUAUACAUAUUACUCGUCGAAGAAGUGCCCUGAUCGAUGUGCGUCCAGCCCGCGGAAGUCAUCAUCUUCCAAGUUGCAUUUCUACCGCUCGAAGAAGCAGAAAAGAAACUCUCGAUGCACCUAAAAACUAUCGCGUAACAAACUGAAAUAUGUAUUUCGAGAUUUUCAUGAUGAUAAUGUCUACAACACAACAACAACGAUGACGACGACGACGACGACACAACGCCAACGUCAACGACUACGACUACGACGACUACGAUGACGAUGACGAUGACAAUGACGAUGACGAUGAUAACGACAACGUCAUUGAAAUCAAACUGAGUCUCACGAGAAUGAAAAGAUCGAUUUCUUGCAGAUCGAUUGUGAAUGUACCGAGUUUCUUGUAAAGAGAGAGGAGAAAGUUUCUUUCAUGAACGUGUCGUAUCAUCGUUUCCUGUAUAAUCCAUUCGACGAUGUUGGUGGUGUGUGUGUGUUCCGUUCUUCUGUUGUAUUUCUCUCUUCUGCGUAUGCGAUGAUGACUUUUUUUCUCUUUUUUUUUUUGUUUUGUUUUUUCAUUUACUUUUUAUUUUUAAUAUAUAUUUUUAAUUAGUUUAUUUCUCUCAGACACAUACGUACAUUCAUACAUAAAUACAAAUAAACAAAUAAACAAACAAAUCUUCUCAUCCCCAAAGAGAGAAAACAAAAACGUUUAUAUUGACGCUUACACAGCGAAAUGGACGCGUGUAUAGACCUUACCGUUAGACAAUGUUCACAAUGUUUAAUCAUAUUGAUUCGAUGCGAAGGGGAAUGCUUCUUUGAAAAAAAAUAUUAAAUAGAAACAUUUAGAGAGAAAUGAGGAGAAAAAGAUAAAAGAUAUUCUUACUCAGGUCGAAUUAGAUCGCGAUAGGUAAUUAAGAGAAACAAAAAAUGCGGCUUUACUUUGUUCUAGUUCGCAUACAUGUCUUUCUUUUUUUUUUUUUUCUGUUUUUGCGGACAGACUCACUCUAUCUCUCUCUCUCUCUCUCUCUCUCACU